CCAGGCCCAACGGGACAGGACCUUUCGGGCCCAGAUCUGUUGCUGCCAGUGCAUCUCGUUGUUGUGCUGAACUUGGGGGACAUACGGCUAGCAAGGGCAUUCCUUUCAAGGGGAUCUUGACUGGCCUUACCGCAUGUUAUCACAUACUGCCCCGUGUCUGGCUCGGCGACCGUCUGCACCCCUUGAAAUCUCCAUUGCUGCAAUUAGCUUUCUUCGGCUGAUUUAUUGUGGUAUAUCGGACGAGAACGAGAAACCGUUCUUCCAAAAGCGUUAUGACGAUGCCGUGGAGAGGGAGAGAGAGGAAGAGGCAGCAGCCAGAGCCACAAGCAUUGCUGAUCAGGUGGCCCUCCUGCAGGUCCGGGAAGCUAAUGCUGACCGGUUCCAAGAAAGGUUAGUUGCUGUCGUAGCAGCCUUGGUUCGACUGCGGACCCUGGAAGACCUUGAGUCCCGUGUGACAGCACUGGAGCAGCAGAACCACGAGCUGCAGGCUGAGAUACUCAGCCUUAAACAGUCCCAAUUGUCUGCCCCUCGUCCUCCUAACCCUCAACCUGCUGUCGUCCCAGUCUCUCAAUCUAGCACAAUCCUCACGACAAGAACAAGUGGAACUGUGACGAGCACAGAAACCGGUGCCAGCUCCUCAAGCGGCAGCGCCGGCAGUUCUGCGCUAGUCAUAGUCCCAAAUGCAGGGACAUCAGCCCAAAACGCCACAGUUCUUACUGGCGUGCAGUACAGUGGUCCCGUAGUGGACAAGUGGGCGGCCACUCUGCCAUCCAAGUACGACGGGAAAGGGGACAUCACCCCUUGGAUUAGCUCCAUGCGCUCAUACUUCGAGGUACUGCGAACACCGCACGAAGACCGAGGCAUGAUCAUGGGCACUAAUACCGAGCCCGUCGUACGGAAUUUCAUCGAACUCCAAGCUGUUACAGCAGGUUAUGAGAGAAUUGACCUAACUGAGUGGCUGAAAGUAACUCCUGUACGCACUCUUGAGGACCUUCUCAUCACACGGCACCAAGAUAAGCACGCUGCGCUCAAGGCAAGGCUGAAGCUUGAGGCCCUCAAGGGCCAAACAUGGAGGACCUCCAUGCAGGCUUUGGAACAACACUUGACUGGUCUGUUCACCACUCCAGACCUGGGAAUGACCGGCGUGUCUUGCAUGGAUGUAGUCAUGGAAGUGGCCCCUGAAGAAUACCACUCCUUGCUAGGACUCAAAGACCAUACCACUUGGCGAGAGCUCAUGACGGAUCUAGUCAACCUAGAGGCCAAGGACCUCGCCAGGCGUAAAAAGGCACCGGCUGCAGGUGGAAAAUCACAACGCAAGCGGUAUGGAAGCAGCAACCAGCUUGCCCUGCAUGAACAUCGGGAGGUUGAAGAUCAGUCCUACAUGGAUGAUCUGUCUCUAGAUGAUGAUCUAGAGCCGGACUCCGAUAUGGGCUGUUCUACAUCAGCCAUUGAGUCUGACGUGAACGAAGAUGAAAAACUUAAUGCGUUCAAAAAGACUGCUUCAAGCAAGGGGCCUAACCGUGGUUCGGUUGUAAUUGCUGUAAAUUCUCGAUCUGGUUUUCUUUCUCUUGAUGAGGAUGAUCCCCCACCGGAAGUCCCAACAAACAUUCACCGACUAUUAGAUCGAUUUCCUGAAGUUUUGGACGAACCUCGUGGAGUUCCCAAUCGUCCGGUCAAACACAAGAUCGAGAUAAUAGAAGGCAGUGUUCCUCCAAAGGGUUGCGUCUACCGUAUGGGACAAGGUGAGUUGGAGGAGUUGAGGAGGCAAAUUGAUGAUAUGAUCGACAGUGGAUGGAUUAGGCCUAGUGAGUCUGAGUUCGUUGCACCUGUCCUGUUUGUGUCGAAGAAAGGAGGCAAACUCCCAAUGUGCAUUGACUAUCGUGGCCUAAGCCGUAUCACCCAAAAUAACGCAUAUCCCUUGCCUCGUAUAGAUGAUCUGCUAAAUGCGGCAGGUGGGUGCAAGGUCUUCUCCAAGAUCGACCUCAAGUCUGGUUACCACCAGAUUGAAGUUGAUCCGAGUGACCAGCACAAAACUGCAUUCAAAACACGCGAUGGGUUGUACGAAUUCAUCGUUAUGCCCUUCGGUCUUACGAAUGCACCGGCCACAUUUCAGUGCCUCAUAGACAAUGUACUUCGCCAUCAACUCAACAGGUUUGUGGUUGUGUACCUUGACGAUAUCCUGAUCUUCACCAAGUCCAUGGAAGAGCACGUCAAGCACCUUGAGGAGGUCUUGCAAGUCCUCAAGGAGAUACAGUUGCACCUCAACUUAGAGAAAUCUGAGUUUGGAAGGGACAGCGUCAUCUAUCUUGGGCACCGGUUGUCUGCAAACGGCCUUGAGCCGGACGCAACCAAGGUUGAGGUCAUUCGAAAGUGGCCUCAACCAGCGAACGUACGCGAACUGCGUUCUUUUCUUGGUCUGGCCUCAUAUUACCGGAAGUUUGUGCCCAAAUUUUCUGUCAUUGCUCACCCACUCUCAAGACUAACAGGUAAGAAUGUUGCCUAUGCGUGGUGUGAGAAAUGUGAGACUGCGUUCCAAGCCUUGAUAGAGGCAUUGGUGAGUCAUCAUGUGCUCUGCAUUGCGAAUCCCAACCUCACAUUCGUAGUCACUACGGACGCGAGCCAGUUUGGGAUUGGUGCAGUGCUGCAACAAGAUGAUGGUGAUGGUCUGCGUCUGCUCGAGUAUUACAGCAAACGCAUGCCCAGCCACAAGGUAGCUACUUCCACAUAUAUGCGUGAGCUCUACGCCCUGCGCGAGGCACUCGCAUAUUGGAAGCACUACCUCUUGGGUCGUCAAUUCAAGGUCUACUCAGAUCAUCAGACCUUGCUGUGGAUUCAAACACAAAUUGAUCUCGCUCCUACACUGACCCGCUGGCUGCAUGACAUUGAUGUCUAUAGUUAUCAGAACACGUGGGACAAGGAGUUGCACAAAGUGAAGGGGUUGUACAACAACUUCAUUCACUCUGCAACGGGUGUGACACCGAAUCAGCUGCAAUACGGAUGGCAGUUGCGCAAUCCUCUCUCCUAUCUGUUCCCCGAACGGUCACCUGGUCUGACGCCCGGCAUGCUUGGCUACAAUGCCAAGUAUGCGCGCUUGCUCAAAGCUGCUAUCGCAGCAAUGAACAAGCGUCAGCAUGCCGUGGUCAAACAUGCUAACAAGUCGCGCAAAGAACGGACCUUCGAAGUAGGAAGCUAUGUCUGGGUUAAAAUGUCUGAGUUUUCUGAUGAAGAGGGCAUAUCACGAAAGCUUCUUCCAUUGUACUAUGGCCCUUGGCAGGUUCUGAAGGUGAUUGGGGAUGAUUUUGGUCCUUCAUAUGUACUUGGCGUGUCUGCUCAUUUGCGCACGUAUCCGGUCUUUCACGCAUCCAAACUGUUUCCACACAUCGAUGAUGAGACUUUUCCCUUCCGAGAUCCUAUGAUACCUCGUCCUAUCGAUGGAGGUCAUGAGAUCGACAGAAUUGUUUCCCACGAGGGAAGAGGGAGGAACAGACAGUACAAGGUUCACUUUCUCUAUCACCCGUUGACCGAAUUCUUAUGGAUCGGCCGAAAAGAGUUGUUAUAGAAUGCUCCCCGUGUUGUGAACGCUUAUGAACGACAGAUCACCGAUGGACAGACUGCUAAGUUUUCUGCGAAACUCACUCCUCAUGGUCUUAAAUCCCUCUUUUUGAUCUACGCCUACGACGCAUUUUGUGCCGACUCUGAAUGAGUUACUCGCUCGAAGGUACCUCUCUCUUGAGAGGGGGGUAAUGUAAUGACCCGCCAAAAAUACAGACUGAGAACACUGCUGAUUUAUGGGAUUUGCCGCUGGAAUGAAUGUCUUGCUGAAAU